AUGCACAAGGACAAAGAAGAUAGUGGUAAUAUACAUAGGAAUCGAGAAUUAACAGCAUUUGAUCAUACUGUAUUGGAUGGUGAAAUGUUUUUACAGGCACUAAAUGGCUUCCUAAUGAUUCUUACAUGUGAAGGUGAAGUAUUUUUUGCCACACAUAGUAUUGAAGGAUAUCUUGGCUUCCAUCAAUCUGAUAUUGUUCAUCAAUCUGUCUACGAAUUAGUACAUUCUGAGGAUCGUGAAGAACUUCAACGGCAAUUAAUGUGGAAUUCAUUUUUACCAGCUGAACAGGCUGGCAUAAGUUUACAAGAAGCAUUACAACCUGAUGCUGCACAUUUAUUAGAACGGAGCUUUACAGUUCGAUUUCGAUGUCUUCUUGAUAAUACCAGCGGUUUUUUAAGGCUGGAUAUAAGAGGGCGAGUUAAAAUUUUACAUGGACAAAAUCGUAAAUCAGAAGAACCUCCAUUAGCUUUAUUUGCAAUUUGUACACCUUUUGGUCCGCCAUCAUUAUUAGAAAUUCCACAAAAAGAAGUAAUGUUCAAAAGUAAACACAAAUUGGAUUUAUCAUUAGUGUCAAUGGAUCAACGGGGUAAAAUGUUAUUGGGAUAUUCCGAUUCCGAAUUAGCUAAUAUGGGUGGAUAUGAUUUAGUGCAUUAUGACGAUUUAGCAUAUGUUGCUAGUGCCCAUCAAGAAUUAUUAAAAACUGGUGCUUCCGGAAUGAUUGCAUAUCGAUUCCAAACCAAAGAAGGGCAAUGGCAAUGGUUACAGACCAGUUCUAGAUUAGUCUAUAAAAAUUCAAAACCAGAUUUUGUAAUUAGUACACACCGUCCAUUAAUGGAAGAAGAAGGGCGAGAUCUAUUAGGCAAACGAACAAUGGACUUUAAAGUGAGCUACUUAGAUGCAGGAUUAACAAAUAGUUACUUUACGGAACAAGAUCAAUUAGUAUCAACGAAUAGUCCAUCAACAAGUAACCAACAUUCCAAUUCAACAACACCACCGCGCGUAAAUCGUCGAUAUAAAACACAGUUACGUGAUUUUCUAUCAACGUGUCGAACCAAACGUAAAUUAUCCACUGCAUCAUCAUCAACAACUUCCAACGGACAAAUUACACCAACAAAUAUCACCGCAAUUCCCCCACCAACACCUAUUCCAAAUCCAAUGCCAACUGUUGAUUACCUAGCACCGGAUGCAGCGGCAGCGGCCGCAUAUAACAUGUAUACAGGGUCAUAUACAACUCCAACAGCGGAUGUAAAUCAUGGUUUAACUUCAUACUCAGCAAAUUUCCAGCAUAGUUUAUACCCAGCAACCGCUGGUUAUGCAACCACUGAUAACUUAUAUCAUCAGUAUCGACCUUUAACUUCCUAUUACCCGGAGUUUCAUCAUACAACGGCCACGCCUGCGUAUAAUGGUUUCUUAGAUCCUCGAGGCACAACAUGUGCUGUACCUACUUACGACGUUGCCACUCCAACUAGCCAUCAUAGUCCAUAUCAGAUACCAAGUCGUACGGCUGUGAUGCCAGUUGGAGUUGACGAUAAACUGUAUUCAUGUCAACAAGUUGUAGAUCCUACAAGCAAUAAAUAUGCAACGUAUGUUGACAGUUCACGAGGUUAUGUUGUCACUGCAACAGCGCCACCAAAUAAUAAAUGUAUAGAUGUAUCAUGGCCAUAUUCAGUAAGUCCAUCCAGUGGUAUUAUUCAACCGGUACAAGUAAUGACACCACCGUUAACAACCGAUAAUCAAACGCACAAAAAUAAGUAUCAUCAAAAGACAUCUCCAAUCAGUGUGGAUAACAAUAUAGGCAAUGUUACCACGAUACAUAAUGAUCAUUCAAUAUCACCGGUUACCAAAAUGGAAGAUGCAAGUCCACAAUAUCACACUCAACAACAUUAUUCACCACAUCAUCAUCCUCACCAUCAUUCGCACCAUCAUCACCACCAGGAAGUGAUACCACGUCAGACAGUUUUAAUGUGGGGUAGUGGUGGUUCGAAUCAUAAUAUUCAACAACAUAGCUCAUCGAAUUCAUCAUGUAAUAGUCGAUCACCUCCAUCACAUCCUAAUACUCCAAAUGUAAUUGUAAAUAAUGAUAUGGGUGUAACAAAUAAUCAUCAUCAACAUAUUCCCCCACCUCCACAAAUAUCCCAACCUCAGCCUCCCUCACAAUUACAUCAUCACCACGAUGGAAGUAGUACGGUAUGGCAGACUGUGGGUGAUAUUGUUAAACCAGAACCACCAAGUGCUGUUGUGGCAAAUAAUAUAUCACCUGGUCCUUCCGAUAGCCCCGAAAUACAUCAGAGCAAUCAUGCACAACAGCAUCAGGGUGGGAGAGUUGUAAUGGUGCUAUGA